AUGAAUGUAAGGAAUGUGGAAAAACCUUCAGUAGUCGUUAUCAUCUUACUCAACACUACAGAAUCCAUACUGGUGAGAAACCCCACAUAUGCCAUGAAUGUGGGAAAGCCUUUCGUCUCCAAGCAGAACUCACCCGACAUCACAGAAUUCAUACUUGUGAGAAACCCUACGAAUGUAAGGAAUGUGGAAAGACUUUUAUUCGUAGCAAUCAACUUAUUUCACACCAGCGAAUUCACACCAAUGAGAAUACCUACGAAUGUAAAGAAUGUGGGAAGAUUUUUAGUCGGCGCUAUAAUCUUACUCAACAUUAUAAAAUUCACACUGGUGAAAAGCCCUACAAAUGUAAAGAGUGUGGAAAGGCCUUUCGUUUUCAAACAGAACUUACUCAGCAUCACAGAAUUCAUACUGGUGACAAACCCUAUCAAUGUAAGGAAUGUGGGAAAGCCUUUAUUCGUAGCAAUCAUCUUACUCAACAUCACAGAAUUCAUACUGGUGAGAAACCCUAUGAAUGUAAGGAAUGUGGGAAGACCUUUAGUCGUCACUAUCAUCUUACUCAACAUCACAGAAUCCAUACUGGUGAGAAACCCUAUACAUGUAAUGAAUGCGGAAAUGCUUUUAUUUGUAGUUAUCAACUGACUUUACAUCAAAGAAUUCACACUGGUGAGAUUCCUUACAAAUGUAAGGAAUGUGGAAAGACUUUUAGUCGUCGGUAUCAUCUUACUCAACAUUUUAGACUCCAUACUGGUGAGAAACCUUAUGGGUGUAAAGAAUGUGGGAAUACUUUUCGUCUUCAAGCAGAACUUACUCGUCAUUACACAAUUCAUACUGCCUCAAGGCAUCCCAGCUGCUGCCAAGUGGAGAUGA